GACCCAUCGGACAAGCGAUGGCUGGCGGCGGGGGUGCCAAGGUGUGCUGGAUGCUCAUCUGGGCAUUGCUGCUCAUCUUCGUCGCCUUCUGGGUGGCCGGGUUUGGCCUUCUGGUACAUCCUAGUCUAUGUUCUCGUGGCCUGCGUGCCAGCCGCCAAGGACGUGGCCGCCAUCUUGCACCGUGGGGUCCUGCUGCCGUACUUCUGCGCGGACAACCUGGUCAACGCGAGGGACCUGAACGCCGGCAUCCAGUUUGUCUGCUCCGGAGGAAACGGCCACCUAGGCGUGGCCGUGGCUCGACCCCGCCGUUCUGGAAGACGACACUGCCACAGACACAUGGCGCUCUGUUGAAUCCGCCUUUCCUGGGCCCAAAUGAAAAUGUCUGGUGCUCAUCUGCUUACGGUCUUCGUGACGCGAAGUUUGCUCGAACCUUCCCGAAGAAACCUCGAAGUUAUGCCCGAGCGAGAGACAUCGGCAAGGUUUCCAAAUAGCACAUUGGCGAGAGAAUCGAAAUUCAGUUGGUAGUUGUGCCUUGUUAAACCAAUGGUGCCUUCGUAGUUGUUGUUUACGAAUAUUUCGUCGAGUGAGGCUUCCAAUGCGCGUACCGUCAUCUUACGAGAAAACCUCCGCUACUACAGCCCGAUGAAAGCGUGAUCGCAAGACCUUCCUUUAUUGUGUGAUAGACCCUUUUCAAAAGUCCGCGCCAUCGCCCGUCCGCCAUUGCUUGAUCGCGUAUUCUGAGCAUGUACAGGACACGAGUGCUGUUUCAUCGUUAGGCGUGGACUCGGAUCCAAUCCAAUCCGAUCCGGUCCAAUCCGAUCCGGUCCAAGCAAAGGUGACAGCCAAUGUUGCUUGAUGAACUUUUGAAAGGGUCUAUUCAAAGUGUCUUAAAAAGAGAUCACUAUAUAAUUGAUAAAUUUGCCGCCCCUUCCGGAAACGUGAAACCAUGUCACGUUCUUGCUGCAUGACCAUUGCGCGCCGUUAUACCGCGCGGCAGCACUCUCAGUUUCAAACAUACAAUAUUUUUAGUAAAUUCUGUGAAUUAACCUCUAAUUUAGUCAGUCAAAUACUGCUGCAGUUACCGGAGCCUGCUAAAAAACGACCGUAACUUUGGAAAAAUCGGUAUCACGAGUAUCAGGAGGGAAGGCCGGGUGGACCAACUUUACCAGCUACAGCUUGCAGCUAGCUAGGGUACGCGUCACGAACAAGAAAGAUGAGCUGAAACUGUUGUCGAUUUUUUUUUUUUCGUGCUUCAGACAGCAUUCUGAAAGGUCGCAUCUCAUAAAACAAUCGUUGAAGUGCAAUAAUUAUUUCCGGUAUCGAUUUCGGCUGAUAUCGACACUUUUGUGUCAUUUGUGUCGAAUUCCGGGUUGGAGAGUUCGUGUGAGGUACGUCUCUUUGGCUGAUGUCGACUGAGCGCUGACUCAAAUGCGAAUCACGUCAGGAGCCGUGGUUCAAAUGGCGUGCCUUAUAUUCUUGAGAAAACAGGAAGAUGACGCAGAUAUCUAUUCUUGGGUUUACUGUAGCUGGGUGUUGGUACGCCUUAACGGACGUCUUCUAUGGGUACCAGGUGCUAUACAGGUGUUACCAUAGGUGCUACCAUGAGUGACACCAUAGUUUUUUUUUUAGCUAAGAGGUGUGUGGUGAGGGUGCGAGGUUUCCGAGUAGUAGUCACUUUUGGGUUUGAGCAUUACAGUUCUGGGCAAUGCCGAAAAGCGUGAUUUCAUAUUGUCUCUUCUCAAGAUGUCUAAAGUAACGGUGGACCAAAGCUGCGCGAGGCUUAUUCCCCGGUGACAAUUUUAACUUUUUUUUUUUUUAUGAGAUGAGUUUUAUUCGAAUGCCAUCUCGGGUCUCUGCAAUAUUUAACAAGAACUUAUUAAGCCUUAUUUACUGAUAUUAAUUACAGCUCAUAUGAUCCGAGGCGAGUACAAAGAAAGCGUUGCGGCAGUGUCAGCAACUACGCUAUAUUUGUAGCAACUCAAUAAUCGCUAGCUGAUAAGUGCCUAUAAGGGUAAAGAUUAUUUUCUUGCACUGUCGUGACGGGCAUUUCGCCUUGCCGUAUGAAUUGUCACACCGAGUUAGCGUCCGGCAAUCAUGUACCCAGAAAGGAUCGCCUGUAUGGUGUUUUUGUCUCACUUUGAUACUAAAACGUCCCUGAAGACUUGUACAUCGAUUGUACGAUUGACAGCGUUUGAAACAAUUUCAAUAAAAUGAAGGAGUGCGAAUUUUU